UGUGAAUCCCCGCAUAGGGGAUAUUCAGCAGACAUAGGGCGGAUUGUGAGUAAGCAGGCAAAGGUGACCGUCCCGUCUAAAAGCCCUUCAAGCCCCGGGCGAGAUCACAACAGAACGGUCACUUUAAACGACUCCAAAAACAACAUGAACAAUCAUGUGAAUGAUGGAACAGAACAGCAAGAUGUGGAAAUGGACAACGCUUCUAAAGAGGAGGAGGGUAAGGAAGGAGCAGUGGACAGUAAUGUGACAACAGUGAAUGGAGACAUACAAGGGACAGGGGCCACCAACCAUCAGGAUGAGGAAGACCAACAGAUGGAUGAGGAUGAAAGCAGAGCUGAGGCUACAUUCUCCUUCAUUGUUGAAAAUAUCAGUAAGCUGAAGGAGACUACACUUAGUCCUCCCUGUAUGAUCAGGAAUCUACCAUGGAAAAUCAUGAUAAUGCCAAGGUUUAGUCAAAAUCCAGAAAGACACAACCAAAAAACACUGGGAUUCUUUGUGCAAUGUAAUGGCGACUCAGACUCGGCAUCCUGGUCUUGCAAUGCUUCAGCAACACUGAAAAUACUCAACCACAAUCCAGACGGAGAACAUUUUAGUAGAAAAAUUCAGCAUUCUUUUUACAACAAGGAGAAUGAUUGGGGCUACAGUCACUUCAUGGCCUGGAAUGAGCUUAUGGAUACCAGUCGAGGGUUUGUCAAGGAUGAUCAGAUAUCUCUUGAAGUCUAUGUCAAAGCAGAUGCCCCUCAUGGUGUCAGUUGGGAUUCAAAGAAACACACUGGCUUUGUUGGCUUGAAGAACCAGGGUGCCACUUGCUACAUGAAUUCUCUUCUUCAGACGCUAUACUUCACAAAUAAGCUACGAAAGGCAGUGUACCAGAUGCCAACAGAAAGUGAUGACUCAACAAAGAGUGUACCUCUGGCCUUGCAGAGAGUCUUCUAUGAACUUCAAUUUAGUGAUAAACCAGUAGGCACAAAAAAACUUACAAAAUCAUUUGGCUGGGAAACUUUUGAUACUUUCAUGCAACAUGAUGUUCAGGAGCUAUGUAGAGUGUUGUUAGAAAAUAUGGAAAGCAAGAUGAAAGGAACUGUAGUGGAUCAAACCAUACCAAGAUUGUUUGAAGGCAAAAUGCUUUCAUACAUUCGAUGCAAACAUGUGAAUUGCAAUUCCCAGAAGAUUGAGGCAUUUUAUGAUAUUCAGUUAAAUCUUAAAGGAAAGAAGAAUGUGAUAGAAUCCUUUGAAGACUAUGUAAAAGUGGAGACACUAGAUGGAGAAAAUAAAUAUGAUGCUGGAGAGUUUGGACUUCAAGAGUCUGAAAAAGGUGUGAUAUUUGUGAGUUUCCCUCCAGUCCUCCACUUACACUUACUGCGCUUCAUGUAUGAUCCCAUGGCUGAUGCUUAUGUCAAGAUCAACGAUAGAUUUGAAUUUCCUGAACGGCUGGAACUGGACCAAUUUCUACAUGAGAAAGAGAAAACUCCUGCCACAUACAUUCUGCAUGCUGUACUUGUACAUAGUGGAGACAACCAUGGUGGUCACUAUGUUGUAUAUAUUAACCCAAAAUGUGAUGAAAAAUGGUGCAAAUUUGAUGAUGAUGUUGUGUCCAGGUGUACAAAGCAAGAGGCCAUUGAUAAUAAUUUUGGUGGACAUGACGAUGAGAUUUCUGUGAAACACUGUACAAAUGCAUAUAUGUUGGUGUAUAUACGAGAGAGUUGUAUAAAUGAGUCUUUACAUGGUAUGAGUGAUUCUGAUAUUCCACAAUGCUUAAUUGAUAGAUUAGCAGAAGAAAGACGUAUGGAAGUGCAAAAGAGAAAAGAGAGAACAGAAGCACACUUGUAUAUGAAUGUUCAGGUUGUGACAGAGGACCAUUUCUAUGGUCACCAAGGCAAUGAUCUCAUGGAUCUGGAGAAAGCCAACUUCAGCAGGAAAUUCAAAGUUAAGAAAUCAUCCACUCUUUUAGAAUUCAUGGAAAUGCUUGCAGAAAACCUGAAAUAUCCCGUGAACCAGCUGCGACCAUGGCCAUUUCAAUGCAGGCAGAAUCAAACCUACAGACCAACUCUGAUUGAUGUGGAGUCAAACCUUCAGAAAACAAUACAAGAUGUAGCUGACAAUGAAACUCCUUGGACACUGUUUGUUGAAACACUAAACCCAGAGAGUGGACUUCAAGCUCUUCCCAGUUUUGAUAAAGAAAGUGAUGUGCUUAUCUUUCUGAAAUUGUAUGACCCCAGAUCAAAGACAAUAUCCUAUUGUGGUCAUACCUAUGUUCCGAUCUCUGCCAAGACAUCUGAGCUGUUGCCAGAUUUGUGUAGGAGAGCAGGUUUUCCAGUGGGCACACCCUUACUGUUAUUUGAGGAAGUGAAACCAAACAUGUUGGAAAAGCUAGAAGACUAUGAUCUGCCCAUAGAGAAGAUGUUGGAUGAGCUGAUGGAUGGUGAUAUAAUAGUAUUCCAGAGAGAUGAAGCAGACCUCCAACAAUACCAACUCCCGUCCGCUAGGGACUACUUCAAAGACCUGUAUUAUAGAGUAGAUGUUACCUUCUGUGAUAAAACUUUACCAAAUGACGAAGGCUUCACGCUUGACCUGUCUAUGAGGAUGAACUACGACCAGAUGGCCAAUGCUGUAGCUCAAUACCUUGGAACAGACCCUUACCUUCUACAGUUCUUCAAACCACAGAGCUACAGAGAAGGUCCAGGAAAUGCCAUAAGAUGUACAUUUGAAGGGAACUUAAAAGACCUUCUUUUAUACGCAAAACCAAGGCAGCCUCGGAAACUGUAUUAUCAACAUUUAAACAUUAGGAUUAACGAACUAGAGAACAAAAAGCAAUUCAAAUGUACCUGGGUGAAUAGCAAAAUGAAGGAAGAGAAAGAACUAGUCCUUUAUCCAAACAAGAAUGGCAAUGUGGGAGAUCUUCUUGAGGAAGCAAAGAAGCAAGCAGAACUAUCUGACGAUGGCUCUGGCAAACUUAGGCUAUUAGAGGUGAUCAGCUACAAAAUCUACACAAUACAGAGAGAGGAAGCCUUCUUGGAUGCCCUCAAUCCUGCCGGUGCCACGAAGAGCUAUCGAAUCGAAGAAAUCCCAAAAGACGAGGUGCGGCUUGGAGAUGAUGAAACACUUAUUCCAGUAGCACAUUUCCAUAAGGAAGUCUUCUCAACAUUCGGUGUGCCAUUCUUACUAAAGAUUAAACAGAAUGAGCCCUUCUCAGCGGUGAAAGAAAGAAUCCAAAACAAGAUGGAUGUUCCAGACAAAGAAUUUGAAAAGUACAAGUUUGCAGUGGUGGUAAUGGGAAGAGUGGAGUACAUAUCAGAUGACGACCAGGAUAUGAGAGUAGAUCUGACGGUGUUCAAACCUCACGCUAUACAGGGUGCAAACAUGCAAGCUAGACCAUGGCUUGGAUUAGACCAUGUCAACAAAACACCAAAGAGAUCUAGGUAUGCCUAUUUGGAGAAAGCCAUCAAGAUCCAUAACUAGAUGUCAAUGUUUGGAUUUCUGGUCAUUUUCAUCAUUUUUCCACUGCUAUCUAUGGACUUUCAGCAAAGUUGAAGAAUGCAGACAGUAGAUAGUAGCUUAAAAGCAAAUGUAUUGUUAGCCCAGACAAAAGCUUGUGUGGUGUGCUGGUCAGCCACAGAGAGGUAGGCCCUAGUAUUAUCCAGGGUAAUAUUGCAGAGAGGAGACUACAGCAGGUCCCAGGGAUGAGUUGGCAGAGUGGGCUCCAGGAUAAUCUUUGGGAUGAGUAGGGAGAGCAGACUUGUCCAAGGGAAAAGAAAGGAGAACAAAUUCCAGGAUUGCCCAUUAAACGAAUUGGGAGAAUGGGCUCCAGGAUUGUCCUAGGGAAGAGAAAGGAGAACCAGUUCCAGGAUUGUCCAGGGGAUGAAUGGGAAGAGCAGGCUUCAGUGUUGUCUAAGGGACAAAGGACGAGCUAUAUUACUGUAUCCUGUCUCACAACUUACUAAACUAAGGAAUAAACACUGCAGUCCUGGCCUUGCCUGGUGUGAGACAAGUGAAAGGUUUAGAUGACAUAUAUAUAAAGCAGGGUACCUAUACUUGGGUGUCCUAAAUACCUACUGAUUCCUACAGAAUGGAUCUCCAACUCUUCAAACUUGUGCAUAGAGUCGCAUAUUGACUUGUGUGAUGUAAUGAAAUACUGAUAUUCUGUAUACAUGGGUAGUAUCUUUGUUGACAAAAUGAUAUUUAAGAAUAAGCAAAUUCAUUCCAUUUUAAAAUGAAUUAAUCUUAUACUCAUCCUUGUAGCACAUGUAAAUUCCCACCACUACAUGUGUAUCCUUCUCUGAAACACUAUACUGUACCGUUUACUGAUGAGUUCAGUGCACUCAAAUUUUGAUGAUGUGUCAGACUUCUUAAAUAUUGUGAUCAAGGCCAUCAGAAUAUGCAAAUCAAACCAAACUUGAUACAGUUUACCUGUUAUGUAGAUGUUGACAAUUUAGGUUUAGUUUGCUUCUGCUUUUGGUGACAUCAUCAACAAAACUUUGAAAUAUCAUGGUAAAGAUUGCAAAAGAUUGAUGUGUGCAAUACUAUGUCACAGAAUGAAUUAAACCUCUCUCCUAUUUA